AUGUCUCAGUCACAACGAACACAGCACUUGCGAAUUGCAGCAGAACCUCCGAGCAGGAACCAACAACAGGCAAAUGGAUGCGAUCUGUGGGAUCAGGUUCAAGCGCUCUUAGGCCUCCGGGUGACUCCCGGUUCUGCUGAGAUGUUUACCACGUAUUACAAACGAUAUGACCCCUACUGGAGCUCGAACCCGCGGUUUGCCCUAUUCUUUCUGGAUGACCUUCCCCCGCGGCCGUUGUGCAGUCUCCCAGGCUUUCACCCAAGUCAUGGACAGAAAAUGGCUCGUGCUGUCGCAACCAUACAACGGGUACGCCGUCCGAAUCCGAUGGCGCACCCGCGUCCCUCAACAAUACUUCCAAAUCCGGGACUUCUCGCUAUGUCUCUGGAGGAGGAGCUUGCUGGCGACCAUCUGUCCGCUUUCCAACGACAAAGAACGUACGCAGCGCCGACUCAUGGGGUCUCCAACACUAGUUCAAUGUCUCGAAUUGCGUCUGUCCAGCCAAGCCCCAAGCUAGAGUCUCCAACGACGCGAUUGUCGCCAGCUGGCUCUUCAAUUGCACGAAGUGGUGGUGUCAGAUCAGGAGCUGAAAUAGGGGUAGAUCAUCAGGCGCGUAGACCACGUCCAGACGUACCCCAACAUGGUCUCCAACGAAUAGCGCCGCAUGGCCCAAUUGCCAUUCCACAGAAUCAUUACGCCCGCCCCCAUUCUGCAAUUUCGCCAGUCGAUCCAUCGCCUCGUCAGGAAGCCAGUACAAUGGAAACUCAGCGUCGUUCAGCAGAUUCCCUCCCUUCCGCUGGUGGCAGUACUGCGGCGACCACAGAGACAGGGAAGAGAAAAAGAAUUGUUGAUUCGCAAACUCGAACGAGUAAGAAGCUUCGGUCGUCUGUUUCGCGGGCGUCAUGA